GCGGGCGGCAUGGGGACUGCGGCGGCGGCGGCGGCUGCGGCUACGGCGGCGGCGGCGGCGGCCGGGGAGGGGGCGCGCGGCCCGAGCCCCGCCGCCGUGUCGCUCGGCCUGGGCGUGGCUGUGGUGUCGAGCCUAGUGAACGGGUCCACGUUCGUGCUGCAGAAGAAGGGCAUUGUGCGCGCUAAACGGCGAGGUACUUCCUACUUGACAGACAUUGUAUGGUGGGCUGGCACAAUUGCAAUGGCUGUUGGCCAGAUCGGAAACUUCCUAGCUUACACGGCGGUCCCCACAGUCCUGGUGACUCCCUUGGGUGCCCUUGGAGUACCAUUUGGGUCCGUUUUAGCUUCUUAUCUUCUGAAGGAAAAGCUCAAUAUCUUGGGCAAGUUGGGGUGUCUGCUCAGCUGCGCAGGUUCUGUUGUGCUGAUUAUCCACUCCCCAAAGUCUGAGAGUGUGACAACUCAGGCCGAGCUGGAGGAGAAGCUGACCAAUCCAGUGUUUGUGGGUUACCUGUGCAUUGUGCUGCUCAUGCUGCUGCUGCUGAUCUUCUGGAUCGCGCCGGCCCACGGGCCCACCAACAUCAUGGUGUACAUCAGCAUCUGCUCCUUGCUGGGGAGUUUCACUGUGCCUUCCACCAAGGGCAUUGGGCUGGCAGCCCAAGACAUCUUGCACAACAACCCGUCUAGUCAGAGAGCCCUCUGCCUGUGUCUUGUGCUCCUGGCUGUCCUGGGCUGCAGCAUCAUUGUCCAAUUCAGGUACAUCAACAAGGCUCUGGAGUGCUUCGACUCCUCCGUGUUUGGGGCCAUCUACUACGUCGUGUUUACUACGCUGGUCCUCUUGGCUUCAGCCAUCCUCUUCCGGGAGUGGAGCAACGUGGGCCUGGUGGAUUUCUUGGGCAUGGCCUGUGGGUUUACAACUGUCUCCGUGGGGAUUGUCCUUAUACAAGUGUUCAAAGAAUUCAACUUCAAUCUUGGGGAGAUGAACAAAUCCAACGUGAAGACAGACUAAGAUGCCAUGGAGGGUUGGGGGCUU